AUGCAGCCGCUGGCUAUUGGCUUCACGAAACUCGCUUUCUUGUUCCUGUACCGUCGCAUCUUCACGUGGCCUGGUUUCCAGUGGACUUCGCUCGUGUUCAUCGUCCUCACUGUGGCUUUCACCAUCGCCUUCUUCUUUGGCUUCAUCUUCGAUUGCCGCUUGAACUUUGCUGCCAAUUGGGGCUCUCUUGCUAGUAUCGCAGAGAACUGUCCGUUUGGAUUCGAGGCGACCAUCACUUUCACGGUUCUUGAUGCCGUGUUCGAUCUCUGCAUCUUACUUCUGCCACUCCCAUGGAUCUGGCGUCUCCAAAUGCCCACCGUCCGCAAGAUCCAGCUAUGCGGUGUCUUCCUACUCGGAGGUUUCGCCGUCGCCUCCGCCAUUGUCCGCAUGGUCAUCUGCAUCAAGCAGAACACACCAUCCGCGGCCCUCGACGAACAGUACAUCAUGGGCAUGCCCACCUACGACAUCAUCGGCAUAACCUCGCACGGUCUGUUCUGGACCGUCGUCGAGACCAACGUCGCCCUCAUCGCCUGCUGCCUUCCCAAGAUCCGAUCCGUGCUCAGCUUGGCCGGCCUGGGAAGCAUCAUGAUGUCCAUGGGCUCUCUGCUCCAGAAGAUGGGCUCCAGCAUGGGUACUCAGAACUCCAAGAGCGCCAGCAACGGCAGCAACGGCAGCGGUCAGUUCAGCAAGCUCAGCAAGAUCUCGGCUGCUACGACUGUUACAGUUGGUAGCACACCUCGAAGCCAACUCGGUCACUACCGCUUGGAGAAGGAGCGCUCUGACAGCGAUAUUAAUCUCGUUGACCUCAAGGGCUUGGGCCACAAGGCUGACGCCGAGGCCGUCGCCUUAGAGAAGGGAAUGUCACCUGACUCUUAUGAGGACUUGGAGGACAGGAAGUACCUUGGAAGAAACUCUCCCAGCAGGUUCUCCACGUAA